GGCUCCAUGCGCAACCGCGGCUACAUCGUCGUGCAGCUCGAGGGCGACGACAUGGUGGUCACCUGCUCCAACGGCAAGCUGCGCUGUUCGUACGAGAACCCGAACAAGAAGGCCAGCUACGAGGCCGCCGAGAACGUCACCUGCCCUGGUAAGACCGCACCAACUACUGACCAUCUCCUUGCUAUUGUUUCAAUGUAAGGGCUAACUCGUGCUUUGCUUCUAGACUUCGCCUCGAUGAUGGAGUCGCGCUCGGAGAUCACGUACCUGGACGGCGUCAAGCCCUCCAAGACCGCCACGGACGGCGAGUCGGCGGCCGGCACGGUGAAGGCU